AUGUAUUGCAGCAUCUUUAUCGCUUCUACGAUCGGCAGAUCACAAAAACACUGGCGCAGUAACUUUCCACCGAUCUGUUGUUACUUUAUAUACGAACCUACGGCGCGUCCUCAACUGGAUCAAAGCGGAGCGAGAAAUGGCAUCGGUCGUGAGGGGCGUGCUCAAAGCGAUCAGAGAGAAGGGCAUCGUCAAUUUCGCAAAACAUCUCAAAGAGGAGGGCUAUUUGAACUGCAUUUUCGACGGAAAUCUAUUGCAAACUAAAAUUCACAAUAUUGGUGCUACCCUUGUCGGAGUUGAUAAAUUUGGAAAUAAAUAUUAUGAGAGACUGGAUGAUACCCAAUAUGGAAGGCACAGGUGGGUAGAGUAUGCUCAAAAAAGCAGGUAUAACGCAUCUCAGGUUCCGCCUGAAUGGCAUGGCUGGCUGCACUUCAUUACUGACCAUACUGGCGAUGAGCUUUUGAUGCUGAAACCCAAAAGGUAUGGAGUGGAGCACAAGGAAAAUUUCUCGGGUGAAGGAGACGAAUAUAUCUACCAUUCCAAGGGUCAUGCCCUGAACCCAGGCCAGAGGGAUUGGACCAGAUACCAACCAUGGCUACCCACCAAGACCGCUUCUUAGCUUUUGGUGUCUCUAUUCUGAGAAUCAUAUUUUGUUUAAUAAAAAGGAUUGUUUUUCAUUUGUAAUGCGCCUUUGAGGGCACCUGACUUCAUAAGAUAAACUUGUAAUUUCUGCGCAACUGAUAAACUGCAUUGUAUUUGAAUUAUCUGCUUCAAGAAACUUCAAGCUGGUGGCAGGCGUUUAUUAAGAUGGUUCACCACUUGUGUA